UUUUUUUACGUGAUAGCCUGUAGCACCGGUAGGCUUUCUUCAAGCGCCUGGUGGUCGGCCCAAGCCCGUCGUGGGUCGUGGCGCAGGCAAGUGUUUAUAGUGGCGUCAUGUAUUCUUGGCUCAUACUGCCUCCCGGAAGUCAUUCUUGAAUGACUUGAACGGUUCUUCUAGAAUCCGGGUUGAUAGGUGGUCUUCAGGACAGCAUUUUUGGGCCACUCGGCGGCGACAGAAAAAUCCCAGGUGGUAGUGUCGGAUUCGAACCCGCGUCGUCCAGAACGCGGUGAAUGCGGGACCCGUGCGCUAACCACUCAGCCACCGCCUCCCCACGUGUGUGUGUGUGUGUGUGUGUGUGUGUGUGUGUGUUCAAGUCCUCAAGCACACACAGUGUCUGCCAGCAACAAGCCUCACUUUGCCACCGCCUUCACAAACAGUUUCCGCGUCGGUGUACCCAGGGACCUAUGCCUUGCAGGGCCCACAAGCGCUCCCCGCAACAGAGACGCCAUGAGCUGGACAUUGCAUUGCCCCGUAUCUCGCCCAUCAGUGAUAAAACCCAGGAGUGAGGCAGUCGUGGCAAGUGAUAAGACAAUGUUAUUUCAUCCGUAAGAAACCUUGACUGGAGUGAAAAAAAAUAAUUAUACACGAUAUAUCUUAAGAGCUGUGAUAUCAUGUUUAUGCAUCAUCGCUGUGUGCAUCUACUUCUAAAGAGCACUGAAUAUACAAAUCUUGCGGUAGGUCGUGACUCUUUAGGACAACCAAGACGGUAAAAAGCAAUAAGUGCCAUGGGGUCCAAAGGUCAGUAUAGUGUAUCAUGGCCUUAUCAAGAUUAUGGGAGCCAGUGGUUUCGUAACUGCCGUGUGAGGUGUGCGAGUACGUCCACCUCUCUCGUUUUUUGCUUCCUUUAACAGGUGCACAAGCGGCCAACAUGUUCAUGGAGGUGGUGGUGGCCUUGGUGGUGGUGCUGAUGAGCCUGAAGGUGUACAUGACAGUCACCUCAGGCAACUGCAGCAGCACCAGGUCCAUGGCGGGCAAGACGGUCAUUGUUACCGGAGCCACGGCAGGCAUCGGGAAGGAGACGGCUCGUGACCUGCUGCGGCGCGGUGCCCGCGUCAUCAUGGCCUGCAGGAACCUGGAGAAGGCCGCCAGGGUGGCUGAUCAACAACGCAGGCAUUCUCGGCCCGAAGAAAAGGCGAGUGACGGCAGAUGACCUCGAGCUGACCAUGGCGACCAACCACUUCGGUCACUUCCUGCUGACCAACCUGCUGUUGGGUCGCCUGAAAGAAUCCGCACCGAGUCGCAUCGUCAACGUGUCCUCCUUGGCCCACAAAUGGCCUCGCGAGCAGUGCCUGAGCGACCUGGCGAUGACCAGCAAGUACUCGUCGAUGCACGCCUACUCCGUCAGCAAGCUGUGCAAUGUUC